GCCUACUGGAAUAAAUAUAAUACAUUUCAAGGCUGUUUUGUAGUUCCUUGUUUCGCCGCAAACCCGCCAAUGGCGCUAUUGAACAGAACUGAUCUGGGACUAACAUGAAAAAGUAUUUUCAUUGUUUUGGUGCACUUUCCAGGUCGCAACCAACCACAACCACCUAUUUAAUCCACAAAACGCACACCAUUUGAGUUGUAUAAAAUGGCUAACAGCGAGGAUGAAAAGGAAGAGGAUGACACCGAGUGGAAAUACAGUUUCGUGGAUUCAAUCCCACUCAUUCCCGCUGCUGCUUCUGAUCCAAGCCUCAAUAGGACAUCAGGACCAACGCCUGCACACAGAGUCAUUUUGCAUUUUGACUUGGACUGCUUCUAUGCUCAGGUGGAAAUGAUCAGAAACCCUGCACUGAGAGAGGUCCCUUUAGGUAUUCAGCAGAAAUACAUCAUAGUCACCUGUAACUAUGUAGCAAGAGAUCUGGGGGUCUCUAAACUGAUGUCUGUGACUGACGCAAAGGAGAAAUGUCCUCAACUAGUGUUGGUUAAAGGAGAAGACCUGACACACUACAGAGAAAUGUCCUAUAAACUGACAGAGCUGCUCAUGUCCUACUGUCCACUGGUAGAGAGGCUUGGAUUUGAUGAAAACUUUGUAGACAUUACAAAGAUUGUAGAAAGAAGGCUAGCAGAGACACCAGAGUCUAACAACUUUUCAUUUAAAGGACACGUCUACAACCAUACUAGUGCAGAACUUGAAGCCCAGGAUCACCCAAGGUUGGCUUUAGGUUCACACAUUGCAGCAGAGAUUAGAGAAGACAUCAAAGGCAAACUGGGACUCACUGGCUGCGCUGGCAUCGCCACCAACAAACUACUGGCCAAACUGGUGUGUGGCACCUUCAAACCCAAUCAGCAGACCACCCUGCUGACAGAGAACAUUGAUGACAUUAUAGGCUCCCUGAGCAGUCUCCGUAAAGUACCAGGGGUGGGUUAUCAAACUUCUAAGAGACUUCAAGCCCUGGGAUUGGCCAGCGUGAAAGACCUUCAGCUCUUCCCAUUGAAUGAUUUGGCGAGAGAGUUUGGAGCUCCCAGCGCUCAGCGCUUAAAGAAUCUGGCCCUAGGAGUAGAUGAGUCACCUGUCACCCCUACUGGGGCCCCUCAGUCUCUUAGUGAUGAGGACUCUUUCAAGAAGAUAUCAUCAACUAAAGAAGUUUUGGAAAAGACUCGAGAGCUCCUGAGCAAUCUGGUGGAGAGGAUGCGGAAUGAUGGCAGGCAGCCUCAAACCUUCAGGCUGACCAUCCGUAAAUACUCUGCCACUAAUAAGUGGUUCAACCGGGAGAGUCGGCAGUGUCCGAUCCCAAACCACGUUGGACAGAAGAUCCCCUCCGAGAGCAGUGAAGAUGCUCUGGUCCUGCUGCUCCCUCUGGCCAUGAAGCUCUUCCACAAGAUGGUGGACAGCAGCGCCGCCUUCCACCUCACCCUACUUAACGUUUGCUUCAGCAACCUGCAGACCAAGGGGGCUGCCGUCAGCGGAAAGGGCUCGAUAACAUCCUUCUUCACACAAAGCACGUCACCUGGAAAAACACAACAAAUCUGCUCAUCACAAAUCCAGGAUUCCUCCUCUCAGAACGGGGGUAGUCACUGCUUGGAUCAUCCGGUUAGCACACACAGCGUGAUUACUCAACCUCCCUCAAAAAAGACAGUAACCACUAAAAGGUCUCGUAGCUCUGAGGCAGCAUUACACGGGACUACAAUAAAACAGAGCCCUGUUGUUGCUGUAGAAGACACUCGGAGAGUAUCCUGCAUGUCACACAGUGAAGAACUAGAUGUACCAGGGACACAUCAAUUGCCCCCACAUUUUGACCCUGAAGUGUUCAGGCUUCUCCCUGUGGAAAUCCAGAAGGAGCUGUUAUCCCCUGCCUACACAAACUCUCACCCAGGUACUUCAGUGAACUCAUCAGCUCUUAUUGAUCCCCCCUGCACAACACACGAGUCGUUUAAUGACUCGCAAAAAGACAUAAAAGAGGCUUUGAACAAAUUAGGUUCAUCUGAUAGGCCAACCACCGUGAAUCACCAGAGGCCUGCGGGCACAGUAGAGAACGUCAUGGAAGAAGGGAGAGCGUCAUUUUCCCGGUCUUCUGACUGCGAUUUUCCAGGAAAUGUGGACCCUAAGGUGUUUUCAGAGCUUCCGCCGGAUGUUCAGAGGGAGUUGAUGUCUGAAUGGAAGCAAAAGAAGCCGGUGUUGAAGACACCCUCAUCCAAAAAACCAGGAAGAAGCCUGACGACCAAAGACAGAAAGGCUGCAGGCAAAGGCAGUCAGGCAAACAAUCUGUUCAAGUAUUUCAAACCCAGUUAGAGAGGGACUAGUUACUUCUGCGUAAGGUAACUUAUUACAGUCAUCUCUUGUGAUCUAUUUUGUCAUGUUCUAUUAAAAAAUAUAUUUCCAUUUGUUCAAAAGUAAUACCACUGUGAAUUAAAACAUGACAAUAAUUUCGGACGUAUUAAAGAUAAUAUCAAAAUUACUUACAGUAUUUCUUUAAGUAAAAAAAUCAUAGCAAAAAUAAUACACAGUAAGACCCACAACAGCAUAUCAUUACACAGUUAAUGAAUGCGUCAUUGAUUUUGCCUAUUAAUGGCAUAUAAGAAACUACAGACUUAUGAAGUCAAUAAAUAAUGCUUAACUGUUGAAUUUGAUAAACAUUUCUGACAGUUUAUGAUUAAGGGGUUUCUCUUUUUCUUUCCACUCCUGUAUUUGAGUGUUAAUAUGCAGACAUUUAUUGUUUAUACAACUUUAUAUUGAUUUCAAAACGUUUACAAACGGCUUGAUUUGUUUCUGCCUUACACAUAAUGUUUGCAAUCUCAUUUUACCUAAAGUAAUCUUAUGUGACAAUCUGCAAACAUGGAUAAAAGUCAUUUUCAAAAUUAUAAGGGCACCGAAAUGAAGUCUUGUUUUUGUAUUUCCCCAUUGUUUAAAGAAGCAGGAUUACUUAGGGAUGGCUUAGCCUCUGGAAGUGGGGGCCCUCGUUCCUUGGUUGGACGAUUUCCGCUGAAAUCCACAGAGGCUUAUAUCGUCCACAUCAAGUUUUCAAAGAGCCCUUUUUUCCCCCUUUCAUGAGAAAUACCAGAAAACACAAGGUCUGUGAGUGCAGCCUCGCUGAGUUCCUGCUGAUCUGAAACUCCUCCCUGGAUCACAUGUAAGAAGGGGGAAAGGUUCAGGAUGUGCCAUAGCAUCAUGAUAGUGGAUACGUUAUUCUGUCAGGACGAGUUGAGUGAUAUCUGAAUGGGCAUUGGCACUACCUACAGAUAGACUGGUAAGGUAUAUUACUUUUUUGUCAUUUUAAGGUAGCUUUAUUUGUCUCAAUGGGUAUUUGAGGAAAAUCGUUUUGAUAAGGUUCUGUCAGAUAAAGACAGGGACUGUUGUUUCUGCAGUUUACAGUAUGGUGUUGAUGACUCAGCCUCUCCUCACUCAUCUGAUUCAAAGGAUACAAUACCAUGUACAUGGGAAAUAACUCCAAAUGUCAUAGUGUGGUGUUGAAAUCUGAGUUAACCCUAUAUAUUUUCUGAAUGCUCCUUCGCAAAUUGAAAUGUUGAAUAAACUGAAGGAAAUAAAUGCUAUUUUUCUCUG